AUGCUUCCGUCUGCUGGCGAACACAGAACUUCCAUAAACACCAAUCUUUCCAUCCUCCCCUCCCACGAUUCUUUCCAUACAGAUGCUCCCUCCCGCAUUCGUUUAUUUCCUUCCAAUUAUACCAGGAUUUUUUUCCAGCUUCUGUUCCUCAAAAAAUUUCUCACGAUCAAGGCCCCUGCCCUUCCUUAUCUACCCACAAAUCUCGUGCCCCUCUCCCAGGUUAGGUUCCGGAGCCGGGUCGUCGCCGCGGAGUACGUCGAUGCGGAGCCGGAGGGCGCGGCGGACCGGUGGGAGAGGUGGAACGGCAACGGUGAGGCCUUCGGCGACGGCUCGGGCGUGUGGCGCCUCACUGUGGGCGACCGCGGCGCCGGCGAGCAGGAGCCGGAGACGGAGGAGGUGCAUGAGUCCGACUUCUUGAUCCUCUGCAUCGGCAGUUUCAGCGGCGUGCCCAACAUCCCAGCGGUGUCCCCAGGCCCGGAGGCGUUCCGCGGGCGGGUGCUCCACUGCAUGGAGCUCUCCCACAUGGCCGACGAGGACGCCGCCGCGCUGGUUAAGGGGAAGCGCAUCACCGUCGUGGGGUCCGGCAAGUCAGCCUUCGAGAUCGCCGCCGAGUGCGCCGACGCCAAUGGCGCGGGGACGCCGUGCACGAUGCUGUGCCAGAACCCUCAUUGGCUGCUACCAUCGGGUACCUCUACAUGAACCAAAGAACGCAUUUUAUUCUAACUGUUAGUCUGCUAUAUCCACGAGCUCACUGACGCCAGACCAGCAAGCAGCCCAGAUUGAACGGCACUGAGCUCCAAAUUCAACCGAUUAUAUAAUGCGCCACCCCCACAUGAUCCGCUACCAUAUCAAUGAUUGUGUAUCUGUAUUCAUUUAUCUACAAAUCGUUGUACUGUUGUGCUUUUGUUAAGCAGAUACAUGCAUGGCAGGGGGAAGUUGAGCGAGCAUGGCAAAGCCAAAGAUAUCUUCCUUGGAGCUACCAUUUAAUUCAUAAGAUGUCAAGUAAUAGCUUGAAGUUUAGGUGAUAAAAAUGCUAAUAUGAUGAUCAGGUCAGGUAUAAUAUCACAGAAAAUGUAAAAAAAAUAUCAUUGGAGUUGUUUUCAUUAUAGUAAUCAGAAUGCUUUGUCUUGCACCAUUAUUUGUUGAACAUCUUUAUUUGUAGGAUGUAGGCUGAGUUUCAGAAGAUGAGAGUUGAAAUGGCUGGAAUGAGAACAAAAAAAAUGGCAGCUUGGUCUUUACAAUUGCAGUUUCAAUUCCUUAUUUGAGUCUAACUCAGGUGUUUCAUAGACUUUUCGAAAUAUCUAUUUUUGAACCUUACUGAAGUUGGCCUCUUACUGAGGAAAAAAGUCUAUGAGUGGAUCAUCUGAAAAACAAGACGUUACAGUUCCUUAAAAUUAAAAGUGAAAUUGCUUGCCAAAUACAGUAACAGGUAACUCCAAUAUUUGUUGGAAUGAGAUAACGUAUGCCAGGUGAAUAUUUGUAGAGUUACCUGUUAGGGUUCUGUUUAGUCUGUUAUGUUUCCCUCUAAUUUUUUUUAUUGCUUAGCUAGGGUAGAUAUUUUUAGUCUGUUAUGUUUUCCUUGAUUUUAAUUUUUUUGCUUAGCUAGGUUAGAUAUUUGUUUCCAGGUGUUACAACAUGGCUUAGCACCUACUACAUCAACGUUUCUCUGCUCCAAUUCUUACCGUCCCACAUCUCAAAGAAUUUGUGUGGUAGUCCCUAUCAUGAAAAAAAGUAGAACAAUUUCUAGCUUUCAUAUGCAUUUGUUUAUGCUGUAAUGUUUAAGAAUGAAGCAUUGAUCAAGGCCCCACAAAGGUGAUGUAGUGAUAUCGUGAUGUUCUAUACGCUAAUUGGAUGCAGGUGACAUGUCUCUCCUUUUCAAUUUCUCUUAUCGCAGGUUUGAUCGGAUGGAAUUCACACACUUGGAUCGAAGGAUUUGUGAUGCAAGGAAGAAGGUGGAUGGAGCGCCGAGGAACAUGAUAAGGAAGGGGUCGGAUGAGAGAGGAGAGAAGAGUAGGGUGAAGGACGAGAUGGAGGGAAAGAGGGACAAGGACAUGGUGAACGGAGUUUCUUGAGGCGGAGGGUGGGGGCUUCUCGGAGGAGGAGAUGUUGGACUUCUCCUUGUCCUAGCUUGUUGCUGCCUUGCUGGGUAGGGGCCAG